UCGCGACACCGGCAGCGACGUGUUUGUCCGAGCGGCAGGAGCUCCGUCACCGGUCACGUCUCCUAAUGAUUUGUCAGAUUAUAUUGGACUCAUAACGAUGUAAAUAUCAACAUAACAGGGUCAUGGAGCAGUUAUAGUUUUACAUUUUCAGCUCUCAGUGCUUUGAAUAUGUAUCGGUUUCCUCCUGGACUUCCUGCACGUGUAAGUGUCCGCGUCCUUUAUUUACAGCUUCGAUGAAGACCUGCUCAUCAAUGGCGACGCUGUGGUCCAAAAUCUCCGCCGUCCUGCCUCCUGGCGAGGAGCAGUUUCCCCUGCAGUUCAGUGACACGGUCGAGUCCAGCCUGGUGGACGUGUUGAAGCGCUCCAGGCGGCAGCUCUACGGCGACGCCGCGAGCAGCAGCAGCCGCGCGAUCGACGCUCAGAUCAUUUUGGACUUUUCGUGGGAGAAGCUCAACACGGGAACGUGGCGCCACGUGGACAAAGAGUGGAGGCGCUUGUAUGCGUACGGUUGCCUGUUCAAAGUGGCCGCUCUGUGCCGCGAGGGUCCAUCAGCAGACAAUGUCCCGCAGGCCGUCAGGACGUGUGACAUGGGUUUGCUCAUGGGCGCAGCCAUCAUGGACAAUAUACUUCAGGUUAUUGUUGGGAUUCUGCAGGGUGAGGUCAGGAAAUCAUCUAAAGAAGAAGAUGACAAAACUGAACAAGUUGAGGUCAAGAGGUUGAAGAUCGAGUGCCCACGUGCUCCUGUGAUCAGAGGAGAGUUGGCGGUUCCCAGGGUCAAGUGUCCGUCACUGGAGAGCUUCAACACAAACCACCUGCUGCCCCUCAAACCGGUGAUUUUGGAAGGGAUCAUCGACCACUGGCCCGCACUCAACGGACACCGCUGGAGCAUAGAAUACCUGAGGUCCGUGGCCGGUUGUCGGACCGUUCCCGUCGAGGUGGGGUCCAGGUACACGGAUGAGGAGUGGUCCCAGACGCUGCUCACGGUCGACGAAUUCAUCGAUCGAUAUAUUCUGAACGAGGAUGGAGUGACGGGUUUGGGUUACCUGGCGCAGCACCAGCUCUUUGAUCAGAUACCGGAGCUGAAGGAAGACAUCCGCCUCCCUGAUUAUUGCUGUCUGGGUGAGGAAGACGAAGACGAUAUCACUGUGAACGCGUGGUUUGGGCCCGGAGGUACAGUGUCUCCUCUUCACCACGACCCUCAACAGAACUUCUUGGCUCAGGUUGUCGGGAGCAAAUACAUUCGCCUGUAUUCCCCAGAGGACACAGACAAGCUGUACCCUCAUCAAUCACAGCUGCUUCACAACACCAGUCAGGUGGAGGCAGAGAAUCCAGACACGGAGCGGUUCCCGGAUUUCGCCGCGGCACCAUAUCUCGAAUGUGUGUUGCGGCCCGGCGACGUGCUCUUCAUCCCCGUCCGACACUGGCAUUAUGUCCGAUCCUUGGAGCUCAGCUUCUCUGUCAGCUUCUGGUGGUCAUGAAUUCAUCCAUAAUAAAAAAAAGAGGUUAUUUUGAUAGUA